GGUCUCACUGCGAGGUCGCGCCCCUAUAAAAGACGCCGUCGCCGACUCGGAGGGCACACUCAGCGCAGCUCACCCACAGCAGCAGCAGUACACAGCAUGGCCUGCAAGCUCAUCGUCUUCGUCGCCGCCCUGGCGGUAGCCCGCGCCGGCUACCUGGGAGCUCCCGCCGUCUACGCCCCAGGCGCACCCCUGGCAGCGCGUGCGUACGCCGCCCCUGCCUACGCCGCUCCUGCCUACGCCGCCGCCCCCGCCUACGCCGCCUACGCUGCCCCCGCCCUCCGUGCCGCCCCCGUCGCCGUCGCCGCCCCCGCCAUCGCUAGGGUCGCCGCCCCUGUGGCUGUCGCUGCCCCCGCCGUGAGGGCCGCUCCCGUGGCCGUCGCCGCUGCCGCCCCCGCCGCCGUCGCUGCCGAGUACGACCCUCACCCCCAGUACAGCUACGGAUACAGCGUGCAGGACGCCCUCACCGGUGACUCCAAGAGCCAGCACGAGACCCGUGACGGCGACGUCGUCCAGGGCAGCUACAGCGUGGCCGAGCCCGACGGCUCCAUCCGCACCGUCGACUACACCGCCGACCCCGUCAACGGCUUCAACGCCGUCGUGCACAAGGAGGCCGGUGCUCACCCCGUCGCCCCCGCCCCCGUGGCCGUCGCCGCCCCCGCCGUUGCCCGCGUCGCCGCCCCCGUAGCCUACGCCGCCCCCAUCGCUAGGGCUGCCUACGCCGCCCCCAUUGCCAGGGCUGCUUACGCCGCUCCCAUCGCCAGGGCCGCCUACGCCGCCCCCGCUCUGGCCUACGGAGCCGGUCUGGGCUACGGCUACGCCGCCCCCAUCGCUAGGGCCGCCUACGCUGCCCCUGCCCUCGCCUACGGCAAGGCCCUCAUCCACUAAGUCACUUCCUCUCAUCUAACAGACUCCGCUCGUCAUGCUGUCACUGCCGCUCUACAAACACGAUUCAACAUUACAAAUGCUGCACUCUGUAUAUAAAAUGCAACAAUAAAUCCAUUUCACUACAUAA